UGACACUGAAGAACACCAUUCAUCUGACCUAAAUAAAAAGACUAAUUUGGAACCUGAACUGUUAUCUUCAGACAUCCAGCUGGAGGAACAGGUGAUAAAAGUGCAUACAGAAGGAGAAAUGAAUAACAAGAAUGAAGAAGAAAUAAUACAAGCAGAGGCCAUGUUAGAUACAGAUUCAUCUUCCACUGAGAAGACCACAACAGAUCAAACCCCUAAAGUUGUAAAAGAAAACCCGCUCCAACUGUCGUCCCUCUUCACCGUGCUGCUCAGCCCCAAGAAAGAAGCCCUUGAGGAAAAAGACACUCCAGAGCAACCCCAAAGCCCUGCCAAAAGAGGACUUUUUACCGAUCAGUCUAACAAGAAAGAAGUCAAGGGAGACUUCUUAGAACAGCUUACCCAAUUCCUCAGCAAGGGGGAAGGAAAGAGAAAGCAAGAGGGCAUGACAAGCCCCCCACUGUCUCCAAUCAGUAAGGAUCCUGCAGAAAAGCCAGAGACAACUGUAGAGGAGCCAGCCAUUCCCCAGUCUGAGGAAACAAACAAAUCUACAAAUGCGGAGACGGCCUUAGGUGCAUUUAAGGCUUUCUUCACAGUUAAAUCUGCCAAGAAAGACACUUCAAAUCGCAUGGACCUGGACACUGUAAAGAGGAAGAUCAACAGGGACAAAGACGUCCUCAAAGCCUUCUUUGAUAGGAGCUCAAGCAAGUCUCCAGACAACAAAGAAACUACUGAUUCCAAAGCUGAGGUGAGUGAGGAGCACACCCCAAAGCGACUCCAGACUGUUUGGCCUCCACCGAAACCCAAAGAUGAAGAGGAAAAGAUUGGUCUAAAAUACACUGAAGCUGAGCAUCAGGCAGCUCUUCUGCAGCUAAAAAGAGAAUGUAAUGAAGAGGUGGAGAAGUUGGAGGCCGACCUCAAACUUGAGCUCUUCCGGUUACAAAAGAAGAACGAAGAGGAUCUGUCCAGACUAGAAUCAACCAUUGCCAGCUUACAAAGAGAGAGAGACAAAGAGAGAGGCAGAGAUCACAGAGAUGUUGCUGUGUCCACUGAAGACAACAUCAAACCACGGGCCUUCCGCUCGGUGUGUAUUCAGACAGAAAGAGAGACCGUCAUCAAUCCUGAGGAGGCCAAGGAAGCCCAGAGCAGGAGUUUUGUCCCCCUGCCUAAAAAUGCUGACCUCAACUCAACAAAAAUCUUUACUGGCAAACAAAAGACAGUUCCUCCUUCAGCUCCUCCACCUGUAUCACUUCAGUUACAGAUGAAUAGCAACAAUACCCCACCCCCUCCUCCUCCUCCUCUUCCUCCUCCUCCUCCUCUACCAACAGGUCCUUGUACUCCUAAUGUACCUCCACUUCCUGCUCAGCCACUAGAUAGGCCAGGAACUGUGCCUCCUCCACCACCUCCACCAGUGAUAGGAUGUGGUCUGCCACCACCACCACCACCACCCGUCCUCCACUCUGUCCCCCAUCCCCCACCUCCUGGAGUUGGUAUCUUCCCCAGUAAACCAUCAAUGGAGCCAGUCUGUCCAAUGAAACCGCUGUACUGGACACGAAUACAGAUUCAAGAUUACAGGAACAAUAUGCUAUGGAGUUCCCUGAAACAGCCAGAGAUAAUAAACACCAAUGAGUUUGCGGAACUGUUUGCUAAAGCCACAUCGCCCACCAAAAGAAAGCCCCUAUCCGAAGCCUAUGAGAAGAAAGCCAAAGCCAGGAAGGUCAUUAAAUUACUGGAUGGCAAGCGCUCUCAGGCUGUGGGCAUCCUAAUCUCAAGUCUCCAUCUGGAGAUGAAGGACAUCCAGCAAGCUGUUUUGACUCUGGACAAUUCUGUGGUUGACUUGGAUGCUAUUGAAGCCCUGUAUGAAAAUAGAGCUCAGCCCGAGGAGUUAGAGAAGAUUAAGAAACACUAUGAAACCUCAGACGAGGAGCAGGUCAAACUACUGGACAAGCCUGAACAGUUCCUGUAUGAACUCUCCCAGAUCCCUGAGUUUUCCAGUCGAGUUCACUGUUUAAUUUUUCAGUCGAAGUUCACUGAUGCUGUUGCCUCCAUACAGUGCAAGACCGAGAUUAUUCUCCACGUCUGUAAGUAUCUUUUGGAGAAAGAGAGCGUGAGGGAGGUGAUGGGACUGGUGCUUGCUCUGGGAAACUACAUGAAUGGAGGCAGCAGAGCUCGAGGACAGGCUGACGGCUUUGGAUUUGAGAUUCUUCCCAAACUUAAAGACGUCAAGAGCAGGGAAAACCACAUGAGUCUGUUGGACUACAUUGUUUCCUACUAUCUGCGUCACCUUGAUAAGAAUGCUGGGACAGAAAAGAGCAUCUUUCCUUUGCCCGAACCUCAAGACGUUUUCCAAUCCUCUCAAGUGAAGUUUGAUGACCUCUCAAAGGACCUCAAGAAGAUCAACAGAGAUCUGACAGUUUGUGAAAAGGAUGUCCUAACUGUGUGUACCAACUCAUCUCAUGAGCACAUACAUCCCUUCAAGGAGAAAAUGGAAUGUUUCAUUGCCAACGCACAAACAGAGCUAAUUACUGUGGAACAUCAAGUGAUAUCGGCACAUAAAAGCUUCUCUGACCUAGUGGAGUACUUUGGACUGAAGCCACGUUCCGGAGAGCAAGAGAUUGUGCCUGGCCAUGUUUUCACACUUUGGUUUGAAUUCUGCAAUGAUUUCAAGAUCAGAUGGAAGAGAGAGAACAAGGUCAUAUCCAAAGAGAGAAUCAAAGAGGCCCAACAGUCAGUGCACAGCAUGACAACAGAGAAGAAGAUUGAGACCAGAAAGGCACAUGCGAAUGGACUGAAAGAGAGAUUGCGUCUUAAAGAAGCAAGUCUGACCACCAGCUAAUCCCCUCUGCCAUUUCCAAUGAGGACCAGAUACAUUUAUUUAUAUGACCCAGGAACUUGCAUUUUUGGCAGGGUUAGAAUGAAGUGCACCUGCUUGUGUGCGGAUGAUAGCCUGUCUGUCAGUGUAGUGGAUCCUGUGUAAAACCCAACAACAAAUCAAUCACCAAAAGUCCCUUUGACAUUGUUUCAGAUAUGAAUGAAUGCUGUUCAAAAGGAGAAACAUUUAAGAAAUGUUUAUAUUGCAAGUUAGAUCUAUAUGUUCUGGGAUUUUCACCAGUCUAAACAAUUAAGGGUUGAAAAAAGCAAUCUCGAUAUUUGACUUGGAAAAGGCAGUACCUUUAUUUUGUAUAUUGAGUAACAAAGUUGAGUAAUUUUGUAAGGUCAUUUAAUCAAUACAGAAUAUUACAAAACAAAGAUAAUGUACAUGUGAAAAAAUAUAAUAUUAAACUAC